AUGAAGCAAAUGCGGAUCCAUGGUAACGAAAGGAGUACAAAAGCUAUGAUGGUCACUGGAGAAAACAUUGGACAAAAGAAGGCAGAAAACAAGCGCUCAGUCGAGAAUGUGAUUAAAGUUGUUAAUUACAAAUUACGACGUCUCCUCCCAUCAUCCUGUCAUGACGUUCAAGAGUGCCCUGAAACUGUCGACGGUAAAGCUGUAGUACUGGAAGGUGGGGAUGUAUUUUUCACUGGAAACGAAAUCUUCGUCGGUGUUCGGAAACAAGGGACAAACUUCGAGGGUGCCAAGGCAGUUGCACGGGUUUUUUGUGAUCAUGCUGUGAUACCCAUACAUAUGUCGGACAAAGCCCAGUGCCUCAGGCAUUACGUGGCUGUCGCCGCACCUGGUAUACUUGCAAUUGGUACUAGUAAAGAAGCUCAAAAUAUUUUGAAGGUUCUUGAAGCAGAAGCCAUGUUGCGAUAUAGGAUUAUAUCAAUCGAAGAUGAUGAAGGAGUUAAUUGUAUACUAGUAAAUAAGCGGCUGAUAUUUCAACGGAAUAAAACGGCAGCGAAAUUUACCCCAUUACAAUCCAACGGCCUUGAGCUAUGGACGGUGGAUGCUGGAGAUCUUCUUAAGGCCGGUACACCGUUAGCACGCCACUGUUUCCUUGUCGUGGAAAAGAAGUCGUCAAGAGAUACUCAUUCUUGA